CCCCCCUUCUCUGGGCCUCGGGACCCCCGGAGCCCCUCGUUCUGCGCUUGGCGGGGCUUUUCCCCGAGUCCCUUUCUCUGUUGAAUCCCUUUGCGGGGGUUCGUGUCGGAAGCGGCGAGGAGCUUCCGGUGCAUCUUAAGCCUUGACUGAGGCCGUCCCACUCAGGCAGCGGCUCCUACUCCUGCUUUGUGAUUGGGUGAUGUGAGAGAGAAGCCGAGGGGCCAUGGAUGAUGCGCCCCAGUCAUGGGGGCCCGGAUUCAGGAGGCGAAGGACCGCUUGUCCUUAAGGAGUCCCUUGUGAAACGUAGCCAGGCAGCGGCUCCAGAAGCCGAGGCAGUGCCAGCUGGCUUUGGAGGGGAGGAUGAAGAAGCUGGCCCGGGGGCCCGGCAGCGACCUCUCCCUGGACCAGGGUCACCUCCUGGCCCAUUCUCGGGUGGAGAUGGAAGCAGACCCCUGCGUCUGCAGGAUCAAGAGGAAAUCCACCAGCACGGAGUUCGCCCUCUCUCGGGGGAAGACCGGCGGAGGCUGGGAGGCCGGGAAAGAGAGGGUGGACGAGGUGCCGCUGAGCUGGGCUGGGUGCCUCAGAACGGCGCGGCCCUCGGUUCGGCAGAGCCCGUGCGACCUGGAGGGGGUGCCCGAGCUCCUGGCCUCCGAGGGGCUGCGGGAACUCCAGAGCCGUUGCCCCAGCCCAGGAUGGAGGCGGGGCCCUGAGGAGAGGGAGGGGCCCUGCCCCCCAAGCAAGCCGCCCGCCUGCCUCUCCUACAGGCCCCCGGCCAGGGACCGCUCAGUGGAUGUCAUCGACUACAUUGUGAAAGAGCUGCAAGGGAUCAGCCGCCUCCAGACGGAGAUCGCGGAACUCCAGCAGCACCUCACCUUGAUCAAGGGGUCGGUGGACGAAGUCUCCAGCUGCGUCGACACCGUCUUGAGCGAGAUUGAAGGCCUUCAGAGCAGCAGCGGCGGUUCCUCCAGCAGGACCUCGGCCGGGCCAAAGGCCAGAAGAGGGUCUCUCCGGGAGCCUCCCUGCCUUUGCAAGGAAGAGCCGGUCUUGUAUUUUUAUGGCAUCCCGGAGCGAGAGGGCGAGAACACCAAGGAGCUGAUCUGCAGCUUCCUGUCGGAGUACCAGUGUUUCAACGGCAUCCACCGCGGCCGGUACAUCCAGGAGGCUUACCGGUCCAGCGGCUCCCCCGGAGUCCCCCAAGCGCCUCGCCCGGCUGUGGUGAGACUGGCCGACGAGGCCCAGCGGGACUUCAUUCUUCAGAAAUCAAUCCUCCUGCAGAGGGUGGGCGUUGUCGUUGCCCGUGGCGAGCAGAGCCACCCAAAGGACCACGGAGGUCGCCUUGAAGGGCAGCGGGACACCAGGCCUUCCCCUGGCCAGGGACCAGCCCCCUGGGACUCUGGGGCUCCUCACGGGGACGUGGUCAGGACAGACGGAGAUGGACAGCUCCAGCUGGACUCUGGCCAGGGCCCGCAGGAGGACGCAAGCCAGGAGGUUCACGGAGGAGAGGAGGCGUUUAGCACUCAGCAUGAAUCCACCUUCGCUGGGGAGGGCAGUGACAGAACUGAACCCAGAGAACCCACCGGCGGGGGCUGGCCGAGAAUGGUCAGGAACGAGCAUCCUCUGCCCGACAGCACCACACCCUCCUGGCACCUCAAUGCCUCCCCUGAGCCGCCGGGAGGCUGCCGGCCUAAACCCCAUGGGCAGAAUGGGCGGUCGUUGACAGAGGGAUUCAGCGUCGUCGUGGGCCAGGAGCCCGCCGUGAGUGAGGACGAGGGCCGUGCCCUCGAGGCGGCCGAUGCCGGACGGGAGAGCUCCUUCCCGGUGGAGGAGGAGGACAAGGCAGGAGGGCCGACCCCCCCAGGGGAGAGCGAGACGGACGGCGAUGCCAGCACCCUGGAGUUCCUCAGCCCCGAGCAGGGCAGCCUCUUGGAGGAAGCGCCGCCCGCCCCUGUGGUGACCCUGCCAGGAUGCGAGAGUGCUGUGCGCAAGUUGGUGGGAAGUAGCGAGACCCUCAAGGACAUGAUCCAAAUCGACCUGAACGAGCAAGACCCGACGGAGCAGGUCUUCAGGGACGUCUUGGAGAAUUCCCAGUAUUUCCUGGAGCAUUCACGGGACAGCCUGGACCUCGUGGAUGUCAGGUUCUACACCAACAAGCUGGGGAAAGCCCUGAGCCACUUCCGGUCGGCCCUGCAGGUGGUGUUCCACAAGCUCGAGACCGGGGACCCCGACGUCCUCCUGGAGGCCGACAAGAGCUUCCACGCGGCGCAUGAGACACCCCCGGCCCUCUGCAGCUCAAGCACCCACAGCAACUUGGAGAACUCGGCUGACAGCCCCCCGAGCCCGUCUUCCGAGAGCCAGGCGAACACUGCCCUGAGCGGCGACAGCGUGGCUCCGGCAGGGCGGGGGGCUCUUCCCGCUGGGUCGCCGUCCCUCGAUGAGGCCCCCGCCUCUGUUCCGACACCCCCUCCGGACGCCGAGGGUUGCGCGCCGGAGCCCCUGUCCUCGGGGCCUGCGCAGCCCAACGGGUGCCGGCCCAUGAGCCUAGAGAAGGUGUGCGCGGAGACCAUCUACUUGAACAAGUGCAUCAACAACUUCAAGAACGUCCUAAGGGAGAAAAGGCAGAUGCGCCGGAGGCUCCUGAAGGAACUGGCCCAGGAGGCAAGCUGGACUACCUCUGCAGAGGAGAUGCCCUCAGAAGGAAGCAGAGGAGAACUUCAGGGCCAAGAUGAUGGCGAUCUGUCACUGUCACCGUGGUUCAAAACAGGGCCGGCCGGUGGUCUCUACGGGAUCGACAGCAUGCCGGACCUGCGCAAGAAGAAACCGCUUCCGCUCGUCAGUGACUUGGCCAUGUCCCUGGUUCAGUCCCGGAAAGCUGGAAUUACCUCCGCGAUGGCCACCCGGACGUCUCUCAAGGACGAGGAGCUGAAAUCCCAUGUAUAUAAGAAGACCUUACAAGCCUUAAUCUACCCCAUUUCUUGCACAACGCCCCACAACUUUGAAGUGUGGACAGCCACAACGCCCACCUACUGCUACGAGUGCGAGGGGCUCCUGUGGGGCAUUGCACGGCAGGGGAUGCACUGCACGGAGUGUGGGGUCAAAUGCCAGGAGAAGUGCCAAGACCUGCUCAACGCCGACUGUUUGCAGAGAGCGGCAGAGAAGAGCUCCAAGCAUGGGGCUGAGGAUCGCACUCAGAACAUCAUCAUGGCCAUGAAGGACCGCAUGAAGAUCCGUGAGCGGAACAAGCCCGAGAUCUUCGACCUGAUCAGGGACGUCUUCAGCGAGAAUAAAACGACCCACGCUCAGCAGAUGAAGACGGUGAAGCAGAGCGUCCUGGAGGGCACCUCCAAGUGGUCGGCCAAAAUCACCAUCACGGUGGUCUGCGCUCAGGGCCUGCAAGCCAAGGACAAAACGGGCUCCAGCGAUCCUUACGUCACCGUCCAAGUUGGGAAAACCAAGAAGAGAACCAAGACCAUUUUUGGGAAUCUGAACCCCGUCUGGGACGAGAAGUUCCAUUUUGAGUGCCAUAAUUCCUCCGAUCGGAUCAAAGUGCGCGUCUGGGAUGAGGAUGAUGACAUCAAGUCCCGGGUCAAGCAGAGGCUGAAGCGGGAGUCCGAUGACUUUCUGGGGCAGACGAUCAUCGAGGUGCGGACGCUGAGCGGGGAGAUGGACGUCUGGUACAACCUGGAAAAGAGGACGGACAAGUCGGCCGUGUCGGGAGCCAUCCGCCUGCAGAUCAGUGUGGAGAUCAAAGGGGAAGAGAAGGUGGCUCCUUAUCACAUCCAGUACACUUGCCUUCAUGAGAACCUCUUCCACCACCUGACGGAAGUCCAAGGAAAUGGGGUGGUGAAGAUUCCGGGGGCCAAAGGAGACGAUGCCUGGAAGGUUUACUUCGAUGAGACCGGCCAAGAGAUUGUGGAUGAGUUCGCGAUGCGUUACGGGAUCGAGUCCAUCUAUCAGGCUAUGACGCACUUUGCAUGCCUCUCCUCCAAGUACCUGUGCCCUGGCGUGCCGGCGGUGAUGAGCACCUUGUUGGCCAACAUCAACGCCUACUACGCCCACACCACCGCCUCCACCAACGUCUCUGCCUCUGACCGCUUCUCUGCUUCCAACUUUGGGAAAGAGAGAUUUGUGAAACUCUUGGACCAACUUCACAAUUCCCUGCGAAUCGACCUCUCCAUGUACAGGAACAACUUCCCAGCCAGCAGCCAGGAACGCUUGCAAGACCUGAAAUCGACCGUCGACCUGCUGACCAGCAUCACGUUUUUCCGAAUGAAGGUUCAGGAACUGCAGAGCCCGCCUCGUGCCAGUCAGGUGGUGAAGGACUGCGUGAAAGCCUGCCUCAACUCGACCUACGAGUACAUCUUCAACAACUGCCAAGAGUUGUACAGCCGUGAAUACCAGACGGACCCCAACAAAGCUGCGGAGGUGCCGGCCGAGGAGCAAGGCCCCAGCAUCCAGAACCUGGACUUCUGGCCUAAACUCAUCACCCUGAUUGUCUCCAUUAUUGAAGAGGAUAAGAACUCCUACGCCCCCGUCCUGAACCAGUUCCCGCAGGAGCUUGCUGUUGGCAAAAUCAGUGCUGAAGUCAUGUGGAAUCUCUUUGCGCAGGACAUGAAAUACGCAAUGGAAGAGCACGAGAAGCACCGAUUGUGCAAGAGCGCUGAUUACAUGAACUUGCACUUCAAAGUGAAAUGGCUCUACAAUGAGUACGUCUGCAGCCUGCCGGCCUUCAAGGAGAAAGUGCCCGACUACCCUGCGUGGUUUGAGCGGUUUGUUAUGCAAUGGUUGGAGGAGAACGAAGAUGUCUCCCUGGAGUUCAUGCACGGAGCCCUGGAGAGGGAUAAGAAGGAUGGGUUCCAGCAGACUUCGGAGCAUGCCCUCUUCUCCUGCUCGGUGGUCGAUGUCUUCACCCAACUCAACCAGAGUUUUGAGAUAAUCAAGAAACUGGAAUGCCCAGAUCCUGCCAUUGUGGCCCACUACAUGCGGCGCUUCGCCAAGACCAUCGGGAAGGUGCUGAUGCAGUACGCGGAGAUCGUCUCCAAGGGCUUCCAAGGCUUCUGCUCCAAAGAGAAGGUGCCCUGUAUCCUAAUGAACAACAUUCAGCAGCUGAGGGUGCAGCUGGAGAAGAUGUUCGAGGCCAUGGGAGCCAAGGAGCUGGAUCCCGAGGCCAGCGACGCCCUCAAGGAGCUGCAGGUACAGCUCAACAACGUGCUGGAUGAGCUGAGCACCGUCUUUGGGAACAGUUUCCAGGCCCAGAUCGACGAGUGCGUCAAGCAGAUGUCGGACAUCCUGUGCCAGGUGAAGGGGGCAGGCAAUGCCCCUCCCAAUGUCAUCGCCCAGGAAGCCGACAACGCCCUCAGGCCCCUGAUGGACUUUCUGGAUGGGAACCUGACCCUCUUUGCCGACGUGUGCGAGAAGACGGUGCUGAAGCGGGUGCUGAAGGAACUCUGGCGGGUCGUGAUGAACACCCUGGAGAAGAUCAUUGUGCUGCCCCCGCUCUCCGACCACACGGGGACUCCGCUGAUUUUCAGUGCUGCCAAAGAGCUGGGACACUUGUCGAAGCUGAAGGACCACAUGGUCAAGGAGGAAACGCGAAGCCUUACCCCAAAGCAGUGCGCUGUGCUGGAACUAGCGCUGGACACAAUUAAGCAAUACUUCCAUGCCGGAGGCAGCGGCCUGAAGAAGACCUUCUUGGAGAAGAGCUCCGAGCUGCAGUCCCUGCGCUACGCCCUCUCCCUCUACACCCAGACCACGGACACCCUCAUCAAGACCUUCGUCCAGACCCAGAAGGCCCAGGGCUCAGGAGUGGACGACCCGGUGGGCGAAGUGUCCAUUCAGAUCGACCUCUACACGCACCCGGGCACUGGGGAGCACAAGGUCACCGUGAAAGUCGUGGCUGCCAACGACCUGAGGUGGCAAGCGUCCGGCAUGUUCCGCCCCUUUGUGGAGGUCACCAUGAUUGGACCGCAGAUGAGUGACAAGAAGCGGAAAUUCACCACCAAGUCCAAGAACAACAACUGGUCCCCCAAGUACAACGAGACCUUCCACUUUAUCCUCGGAAACGAAGACGGCCCCGAUGCCUACGAGCUGCAGGUGUGCGUGAAGGACUACUGCUUUGCCCGCGAGGACCGGGUGCUGGGCAUCGCCGUGAUGCAGCUGAGGGACGUGGCGGACAAAGGGAGCUGCGCCUGCUGGUGCCCGCUGGGGCGCCGGGUCCACAUGGACGACACGGGACUCACCAUCCUGAGGAUUCUGUCUCAAAGGACCAACGAUGAGGUGGCCAAGGAGUUUGUCAAGUUGAAGUCAGAGUCUCGCUCCACCGAGGAAGGGAGCUGAGCCCUGCGUGUCCGCGCUCAACAACGGGGCGUUGUGCCCAUCCAGGCCAAGGGUGCGAGCGUGGGCUCCCUGGCGUCCCAGCGGGAGCGCCCCAUCCCAGCCGGCCCCCGGUGGUCCAGUGGGGAGCUCCGCGGCUGGUCUUCAGGAGGGUGGACUGCCCGUGAGCACUGAAGCGGGCAAGGGCACAGACUGGGGGUGGGCAGGGGACCUGGGGUGGGGCCGCGUGCCUCGGCCGUGCAGGGGUCUCCCCGGAGCCAGGGAGUGCUCUAGAGAGGGUCAGGGGCAUGUGGUUCUCACGAGGUGGCAGGCAGGCAGGCAGGCAGGCAGGCAUUGAGAAGCGGAGCAGGGCCGUCCUGCUGCUGGCCGGAACGGUGGGGCUCGCCUGGGAGGCCAGAGACGACGUCCCGCCAGAGGAGAAGAGCGUCGAUCCACCUGGGCUGCAGUCUGUGCCAGGACGGGCCCCGGUUUGUGCGCCUAAAAGAUUUGGGACUCUUGCCAUGGCGGGGCAGGGGGUCGGUUCAGGGCUGGCUGCCCCAGCACUUUCUGAAAGGAGCUGUGAAUGAAAGCGGAACCCGCUCUCUCUCUCGCCCCCCGCGGCCCCUUCACAACAAGCACAACCUUGACCAAAAAAUCCUCUCUUGCCGCCUCUGCCUGGUCCUUGCCAAGGGCCGCCCCCUUCCCUCUCCUGCUCUGUGCGUCCUCCUGGUCUCUGUUGUUUCUGGAGCGACUCCUUUCUCUCCCUUCUUCUCCCCUCCCCCUCCCCUCCCCGUUCGAGGGCUGGGGGUGGCGGUGGUUCGGCCAGGUCAGGGGAAGGUUUGCCUAAUGGGACCACUCAGUGCCGCCGCCACCGCCACCACCUGCCCGGUUGUGCUGGGUUGCAGGAGAGAGUCCGGCCGCUGGACCUCUGCUUGGUGGCUGAGCUGGAUGGCUGGGUCCCCACCCGUCACGUCCUGUGAGGCUCAGGAAGUGUCCAGGGACUGCAUGUGGGGGCUGGCGAUCUGUUUGUAGGGGUGGGAGGGGUCGUUUUUCUAUUGUUCUCUUGGCACUUGUACAGCCGUAUGAUAAGAACCUUGUGCUUCAUCCGAGCCUGCUUGUAGAAGCUGCCUAGCUGUCGUCCGUGGAGGUCACAUCCAAGAUGUUCUGUGGGUCAUCAGGACCUUCCUGUUGCAGUUUUUAACCCCUGUUCCAUGUGCCGCUGUUGCAGGAAGCAGUCAGCGUAGCCUUUAAUAAAGGGUCUUUUAGCAGCA